AUAAACACGAGCCGGCGCCGCCACGACCGAUCAGCUGAUUCACGGUCACUCAGAAUUUACCCUGAAGAAAGUCGUCACUGCAACUUAACCGAGCCAUGGCAACGUCAAACGGUUUGGGUUUGAAGGGAAAAGUGGCCAUAGUCACAGGUGCAACAUCUGGUAUUGGCCGAGGCUGUGCAAUUGACUUAGCACGGGAAGGAUGCUAUAUUGUUAUUACAGGCCGGAAUGUUUCGGCUCUUCAGGAAGUUUCUAAGCUAUGCUAUGAGGCUGGAGUACCUGAGGGCAAGGUGUUGAGCUUAGAGGCUGAUUUAAGUAAAGAUGAAGAUUGCAAACGGGUUGUGUCAUCAACCAAGUCGCAUUUUGAUCGCAUUGACAUUUUGGUAAAUAGUGCAGGAAUCCUUACCCCUGGUGGUAUAGAGAAACUGACAGUAGAGCAAUAUGAUCUUCAAAUGAACAUCAACACUCGCUCUGUAUUCCUUAUGAUGAAGCUGGCCUUGCCUCAUCUUUUGGAAACUAAGGGAAAUAUUGUCAACAUUUCUUCUGUUACUGGUCUGAGAGCAUUUCCUGGAGUAGUAGCUUACAACAUGAGCAAGGCAGCUGUGGACCAGUUAACCCGUUCUGUAGCACUUGAAGUUGCAGAGCGUGGUGUUCGUGUUAAUGCUGUCAAUCCUGGAGUUAUAGUAACCGAAGUACACAAGAGAGGUGGCAUGAGUGAAGAGGAUUAUAAAAAGUUUCUGGAACAUGGAAAGAUAACUCAUGCUAUGGGUCGAGUUGGAGAGGUGGAAGAGGUAUCCAGAGCUGUGGUGUUUUUGGCUUCAGACAAUGCUUCUUUUAUCACAGGUGUUACCUUGCCUGUUGACGGUGGGAGGUCUAUAAUGUGCCCACGAUAAUGAUGUUGCCUUCAUAAAGAUAUUGUAUACUUAGCAUUAAUGUGGUAUCCCCUUCCCAUCAUUGGCAUUGUUUUCAAGUGAACCUUGUUUACUCCAAUUAUUAAUGUUUUGAUUGAGAUUUUUACAUUUCAUAUUAAACAAAAUCUGUAACUACAUUUUAA